AUGGCAGACAGCGCGAAGAGACUACCACUCACAGUGGACAACGCGGAUAUGAAGAAAAUUCCAUCGGGGCGAGUAUCCGACGACGGAAUUAAGAGAACCCCCUCGGGAAAACCAAUACAGACCAUGUAUGUGUUAAAUAGAAAAGGAGAAGAAGAAGAUAUUUCAUUUGAUCAGAUAUUGAAGAGGAUACAGAGAUUGUCGUACGGAUUGCACGAAUUAGUAGACCCUGCGAGAGUAACCCAAGGAGUGAUCAACGGGAUGUACAGCGGAAUUAAGACUUGUGAAUUAGACGAACUAGCAGCGCAGACAUGUGCGUACAUGGCUACCACACACCCAGAUUUCUCCAUCCUAGCAGCCAGAAUUACCACAGAUAAUCUUCACAAAAAUACCAGUGAUGAUAUAGCAGAAGUAGCAGAAGCGUUGUAUAUGUAUAAGGAUGUUAGAGGAAGACCAGCCAGUCUGAUCAGCAAGGAAGUAUACGAUUUCAUGAUUCAACACAAGGAUAGACUAAACAAGGAAAUUGAUUACACACGAGAUUUCAAUUAUGAUUACUUUGGAUUCAAAACCUUGGAAAGAUCCUACCUCCUUCGAAUAAAUGGAAAGAUUAUUGAGAGACCACAACAUCUACUGAUGAGAGUAUCCAUCGGUAUCCAUAUUGGAGAUCUGGAAAAAGCGUUAGAGACGUACCAUCUGAUGUCUCAGAAGUAUUUUACGCACGCAACACCUACCUUGUUCAAUUCUGGCACACCAAGACCCCAAAUGUCUUCAUGUUUUCUCCUUUGCAUGAAAUCAGAUUCGAUUGAAGGCAUUUUCGAGACUCUAAAACAGUGCGCCCUGAUUAGCAAAACAGCUGGUGGUAUUGGAGUAGCAGUACAGGAUAUUAGAGGACAAAAUUCUUACAUUAGAGGAACGAAUGGAAUAUCCAACGGAUUAGUACCAAUGCUGAGAGUGUUUAAUGAUACAGCUAGAUAUGUAGACCAAGGUGGCGGAAAGAGGAAGGGAUCUUUCGCAGUGUAUAUCGAACCGUGGCAUUCAGAUAUUUUUGAGUUUUUGGAUCUUCGUAAAAAUCAUGGGAAGGAAGAACUAAGAGCUAGAGAUCUUUUCUAUGCUGUAUGGGUACCUGACCUUUUUAUGAAGAGAGUAAAGGAAAACCAAAAUUGGACUUUGAUGUGCCCGAAUGAAUGUCCAGGGUUAAGUGAGUCAUGGGGUGCAGAAUUCGAAAAGCUAUAUUUAAAAUAUGAGGAGGAGGGUAUGGGUAAAAAAACAGUACUAGCACAAGAUCUAUGGUUUGCUAUUCUGCAGAGUCAGAUAGAAACAGGGGUUCCGUACAUGCUGUAUAAGGAUUCUUGUAACGCGAAGUCGAAUCAAAAAAAUUUAGGUACGAUAAAAUGUAGUAACCUGUGUUGUGAGAUCAUUGAAUAUACAUCACCAGACGAAGUGGCCGUAUGUAACUUGGCUUCUAUCGCGUUGUGCAAAUUUGUCGAUGUAGAUAAAAGGGAAUUCAAUUUUAAGAAGCUGUACGAAAUUACAAAAAUUAUUACUCGGAACUUGGACCAAAUAAUUGAAAGGAAUUACUACCCUGUUCAGGAAGCUGAGCGAUCGAACAAGAGACACAGACCUAUAGGUAUAGGAGUACAGGGAUUGGCAGACACCUUCAUGCUACUUAGAUACCCAUAUGAAUCAGAUUCUGCAAAAGAAUUAAAUAAAAGAAUUUUCGAAACAAUGUAUUAUGCUGCUCUGGAGAUGUCCAUGGAAUUGGCACAAAUAUACGGACCUUACGAAACCUAUCAGGGUAGUCCAGCUAGCCAGGGAAUUCUUCAGUUCGAUAUGUGGAAUGUGAAGGUGGAUAAUAAGUAUUGGGACUGGGAUAAACUGAAAGAAAAAAUAAAGAAACACGGAUUGAGAAAUUCGCUUCUUUUAGCUCCAAUGCCUACUGCUUCGACGUCACAGAUUCUUGGCAACAAUGAGUCCUUUGAACCAUACACGAGUAACAUUUACUACAGGCGGGUUCUGAGUGGAGAAUUUUUUGUGGUGAACCCCCACUUAUUGAAGGACCUCUUCGAUCGUGGUCUGUGGGAUGAGGACAUGAAGCAACAGCUGAUUGCACACAACGGAAGCGUGCAAUAUAUUAGCGAAAUCCCCAACGACUUGAAGGAGCUCUAUAAAACUGUUUGGGAAAUCAAGCAGAAGAACAUCAUUGAUAUGGCGGCCGAUCGAGGCGCCUUCAUUGACCAGUCCCAGUCGUUGAACAUAUACAUUCAGAAGCCCACCUUCGCGAAGCUCUCCAGUAUGCACUUCUACGGAUGGGAGAAGGGGCUGAAGACAGGCGCCUAUUACCUGAGAACGCAGGCCGCGACGGACGCAAUAAAAUUCACGGUGGACACGCAAGUGGCGAAGAAUGCCGCGAAGAUGAAGAACGAAGAGGGAGUAGCCAUCACGAGGGAAGUGUCCAGGGAAACCAUUUCGACCGAGUCCACUGUCACACAGAAUGUGGUGUGCCCACUCCGCCGCAACAAGGACGAUCAGUGCUUGAUGUGCUCGGGCUGA